AUGGCCUGGCGAGCCCUACACCCACUGCUACUGCUGCUGCUGCUGCUGUUCCCAGGCUCUCAGGCACGAUCCAAGGCUCAGGUACUUCAAAGUGUGGCAGGGCAGACGCUGACCGUGAGAUGCCAGUACCCGCCCACAGGCAGGCUCUAUGAGAAGAAAGGCUGGUGUAAGGAGGCAUCAGCACUCGUGUGCAUCAGGUUAGUCACCAGCUCCAAGCCCAGGACGGUGGCUGCGACCUCUCGAUUCGCAAUCUGGGAUGACCCUGCUGCUGGCUUCUUCACUGUCACCAUGACUGAUCUGAGAGAGGAAGACUCAGGACACUACUGGUGUAGAAUCUACCGCCCUUCUGACAACUCUGUCUCUAAGUCCGUCAGGUUCUAUCUGGUGGUAUCUCCAGCCUCAGAGAGUACCCAGACCUCUUGGGCUCCCCGCAACCUGGUCUCUUCACAGACCCAGACCCAGAGCUGUGUGCCUCCCACUGGAGGAGCCAGAGAAGACCCUGAGUCUCCAGCUACCAUCACUGUCCCUUCACAGCCACAGAACUCCACGCUCCCCCCUGGCCCUGCAGCCCCCUAUGCCCUGGUCCCUGUGCUCUGUGGAGUCCUCGUAGUCAAGAGCCUGGUGCUGUCGGCCCUGCUCAUCUGGUGGUGAGUGUGGAAUCGGCAUGUGCGGCAUCAAGGGAGAUCUCUGCUGCGCCCAGCUCAGACCAGGCCCCAGGCCCAUAGACACUUCCCACUGAGCCACAGGACCUCAGGGGGAACAUAUGGUGGAAAACCCUGA